AUGUACUGUCAACGGACUAUGUUCGGCGGGAUAUGUUUGCGAUAUUUUGUUCUACACGUAUUUCUGUUUGAGGGGUUGCAGAGCUCGCAAUGGAGCCCGAAAUACUCUCCAAGCAUAAAUCCGUUCUUUCAAAGAAAUACUGCUUCCGGGUCAAUCAUAUUUUACCCCCAGCUUCCCGAUUUUCCCGCGAUAUCCAUCCCGGAUAAUGCAAAGGACAGUUGUUUUCCUAGAAUAAAAGCCGCCUUUGAUCGAGCCUUCCCUGGUUUACCAACGACAGAUCUGAAGACCAAUGACGUCACGGGUGCACAACCUAUCCCCCGUUACGUAUCCCAACUGCCACCGUUCGCCCAACCUGUGUAUGCAAGGGAGACAGGGCCAAUCUUUGUUCCUUACAAGCUUCCUACAAGCGAAUUUCCCAUGUAUGUAGCCCUGGACAGAAACACCAAGCAACCUAUUUAUCCAGAGCUGAAGGCUCUGCUCCCAUACGCGAAGUUAGCCACUGUACAGCGACCUUACGGCAGAAAAUAUGUGGUAUACCUUCCGUUCCAGCCCGACGCAUUCCGAAAUUCUUCUUGUGGAGAACCUAUAUAUAUCCCUUUUCCUAACAGAGAGGGCGAAUUCUUCUUCUACCGCCAAUAUUCAUUGAAUACAGCGCCACCUAAUCCUUAG